AUGUCAAUUUAUCAGUUUGAAAUUCUUAACAAACUCGGUGAAGGUGCCUUCUCAAGUGUUUACAAGGUCCGCCGAAAAUCCGAUGGACAAAUCUAUGCUUUGAAGAAAGUUAAAUUCGCUCCUAUGAACUACAGAGAAAAAGAAAAUGCACUCAAUGAAGUUCGCAUUUUAGCAUCAAUAGACCAUCCAAACAUAAUUGCUUAUAAAGAAGCAUUUUUCGAUGAAGGAACUUCUUCCCUCUGCAUAGUAAUGGAAUAUGCUGAAGGAGGAGAUCUGUUAAAUAAGAUUGAAAAUUGUAAGAAAAGAAGCAUUUAUUUCACUGAAAAUGAAAUUCUCAAUAAAAUGGCAUUCGGUUCGAGAGAAAUUAGCUUUGCUAAUUUUCUCUCCCUCAUGGAAUUUUAUUAUUAGGGUUAGGUUUUCACUCGCGAACUUCUGGACACCAAUAGCGGUUUAACUUUGGGGAUAACCAAAGGAACCACUCCUCAGUCCACUCAAGAUCUCGGGCUUUUACCUCUCAGCACAUCCCCACGGGAGGAUGACCCUUAGGCGGAACACGCGCAGGAGCUGAGUCGAGCGACAAGGGCGACGGCAACGCGCAGGGUGAGACGUGCAGCAAGGCCGGUGAAGCAGGAGUUGAUAGAAGGCUUGGACGGGGCUGACCCGUGCCAAGAUGGCUCGCCUACGUCAUCAGUUUUGCCAUAGGCCCUUUUGGGCUGCGGCACUAGAGACACCUUAAACACCAGAUAAUUAAGUAAGUAAGUAAGUAAGAAAAUGAAAUUCUCAGCACUUUAGCUCAAACAAUCAGAGGGCUCAAAGCUUUGCAUGACUUAAAAAUUCUACAUAGAGACAUAAAAGUAUUUCAUAUUUAGUGCGCAAACAUAUUUUUGACUGCAAAUGGAACUGUAAAAAUAGGAGACUUAAACGUCUCGAAAGUGAAUAAAGGUGGGCUUGCAUAUACCCAGACUGGGACGCCUUAUUAUGCAAGUCCUGAAGUGUGGCAGGACAAGCCUUAUAAUUCUAGUUCCGAUAUCUGGUCACUAGGCUGUGUGAUUUAUGAGAUGACAACUCUUCGCCCCCCAUUCACUGGAGUUGACAUGAAAGCGCUAUAUAGAAAAGUCAUCAAAGGUCUUUACCAGCCAAUUCCUGUCAAUUUCUCAGCCGAGCUCUCCAAUGUGAUUAAGAUGAUGCUCCAAAUCAGGCCAAAUGCUCGGCCAUCCUGUGAGAAGCUAUUAGAAAUGCCCUUUGCGCUGAGAGAAAGGAAUUUCAAAUACAAUGCAGAAGCUGACUCAGAGCUGCUGAACACCAUAAAGUUUGAGCCAAGUAUGAAGGUUUUAAGUAACCGUCUUCCUGGCCCAAAUUACGAAAGACGAGGCCGUGGGUUGAGUGCACGAGGUUCUAAAGAAGAACUGGACAAAGAAAAUCAGGUGAACACACAAAAGCUUAGAGAUGCUCUAAGCUCUGACCCUGAACGGCAUGUGAAAUUAAGGCAAGGACUACAGAAAAACCGUGUAAGACUUCCGCUGAUCCCACUCCCUAAACCUUUUUAA